UAUCGCCAAUGAUCUGGAUUUUCCCCAAACCCCAUCAAAAACCCUAACAUCCAGAGAGGGAAGCCGGAUGAAAAAUGCGUAAAUUUCCUUCCUUUAUCAGCUAAUCUCCAAUGAAACGAGCAUUCAAACUUGCCGAAUUUCGGACAUGCUUGACUACACCUCGUUUCUUUCUCUGCCACCACGGGAGAAUCGCUAAACCCUCUGCCCCAAUUCGUUUUAUUUGUCAAGAUACAACUCAAACGCCUUCUAGUGAUGGGAAAGGAACGGAUUUUGGGUUAUUAGCGUCUUUGUUCCAAGAUAAAUUAAUUUGUAAGCGUGCGGAGGUGAACUGGAAAAAUGACUUGAAAGAGACGGUUGCCGAAUUGAGGGAUGAGAUUUUGGCCCAGAAAGAUGUGGAGAAAAUCGAGAAGAUUCUCGAAGAAAAGGGUGUCGCCCUCUUUCGGAGGUACGCCGAUGGGUGGGCGAUCCUUGAGCUCUUGAACAAUCUAGACAGAGUUCCAUCCGUGGCUAUGCAGGUUCUCGAGUGGAGGAGGAAGCAACUUGAUUAUGCUUCUCCAAUGACAAUUAAGGAGUACUCAAAAGGUAUCAUCAUAGCUGGUAAAAUGUACAAUGUUGAUGUUGCAGUUGAACUUUUCAAAGAGGCCUGCAGUAAACAACUGAAGGGAACAUCUUUAUAUAAUGCUCUCAUGAGUGCUUACGUGAGAUCUGGGAACUAUGUGAAGUGUCGGUCGGUGUUUCGUGAAUUGAAGAGGGAUUCCACCUGUUGUCCGUCGAUCACUACUUACAACAUACUCAUUUCAGUAUUUGGCCGUCUGAUGCUUGUCGACAAAAUGGAAGCAACUUUUAGGGGGUUAAAUGAUUUAAACAUCAACCCUACUGUUGAUACGUACAAGGUGUUAAUUUCUGGUUAUAUUACUGCGUGGAUGUGGGAUGAGAUGGAAAAGACUUACUUGGCUAUGAAAGAUCAGUUUGUCACACCUAACUUAGAUAUCCAUCUGCUUAUGCUUCGAGGGUAUGCCCUUGCUGGUAAGCUGGAAAAGAUGGAGGAAAUAUAUAAGAUGGUGGGGGGUCAUGUUGAUGCUAACGAAAUACAGUUGAUUAGAAUCAUGAUUCAUGCUUAUAGUAGGAGCUCCAACACUGAUAGAGUUCAGAGGGUGGAGGCACUUCUCAGCAAAAUUCCUGAAAGUGACUAUCGUCCGUGGAUGAAUGUGCUAUUGAUUUGCUUAUAUGCAAAGGAGGACUUAAUGGAGCAGAUGGAAAAAUCAAUAAACGAGGCAUUUGAGCAUAAAAUCCAUGUUGUAGCAGUGAAUGUGAUGAGAUGCAUCAUUUCGAGUUACUUCAGGCACAAUGCAGUGGACAAACUGGAUGAGUUUGUGCGGCGUGCUGAGAUUGCAGGCUGGAGGCUCUGUAGGUCUCUCUACCACUGCAGAAUGGUAAUGUACGCUUCGGAAAUGCGCCUUUCUGAGAUGGAGAGGGUUCUUACUGAAAUGGCUAAAGUAAAUAUACACUUGUCAAAGAAAACGUUAUGGAUACUAUAUCAUGCAUAUGAAAGAUGGGGUGAGCGAAGAAAGCUCGAGCAGGUUAUCGGAGUAAUGUGUAAAAAUGGAUACGAAAUACGUGGUGAUCCGUCAGUUUUACUGGAUUAUGUCGAAUAGAUCAAAGUACAUUAAUAAUUCCUGAGCAAGCAUGUCCAAAUGCCAGAGCGCUAUCCAAGAUGAAGUAAGAAUUUCAUCAGUUUUCUGUAGUUUCUAUUAUCUUUGUAUUGACCUCCUAGAGAUAUGGUUGUUAAAUGCAUGCUCUAAAAACAUGUGGAUUACAUUGAGGUCUAAAUAAUACUAACUAGUUAUUAGCUUCUUGACUUGUCUUCUUUGUAAUAUGGAAGUAGUAAUGUAUUGAGAUUUUGCUA